AUGUCGAGAAUGUUGCGUAAUAAAAUGCCAAUCGCUCACUUCACGAACGACUCGGCGGCGUUGGACACUUUCCGAUGGAGUCCACGAACUUCUUCCAAGAAUCUCCGAGUCUCCGGUGGUGAAGAACCCAAGUGGUCCGAGGCGAUAUUGAACAGAGACGAAAAUAAUACCUUGAGAUACAAAGUUAUCAGCUGCUUUCUCAUAUCCGACCAUCGAAGAAUCUCCGAAUUGGAAACCACCUCCGUGAAUGAAUACCAUCACUGGUAG